AUGAUUGUUGGAAAUGGAUGCGGUGCUGAGAUGAAUAAAGUAUUGUUGUUACUGUUAGGAUGUGCUGUUCAGGGUGAUCAACGGGAUAAAUUCAUCGAACGUAUUAGACUGAUGGAGACAGAUCUUCAAACAGCAAUUGUUAAGCAAAUACAACGAGUGACCGAAGAAGGCGACUGCGUUCUAAACAUCCGUGCACUGGAGCUCGAGAACAGAGACCAGCAGUGCGUCAGCGUCCUCGCGCAUCUCGAGAGGGUGAUGAAGGAGCGCGACAAUUACGCUAAUUGCCUUCUGGAGAUGGCUCAAGAACAUGAAAGCGAUGAAGGAAGUACUACAACAGGUUCAUCAUCAGUAUCUGGAGAAACACUAACACGUACAAAAAUUGGUGAAAUCCGUUACGGUGUUCGCACUCCUUCACCGUCGUCAUACGAACGACAUGCAAACGUUGAAUUAGCGCAGGCAAAGGCAGAACUGCGUAAAUUAAGGGAUCUAACGGAACAAAAAGAUGAACUUGUCGGCGACCUUACCGAAGAACUUGAGGCCAGAAAAGCAGAUUUAUUGAAAUUGCAACAAGAAAGGUUGGAGUUGAUUAAAGAUGCACGAGCAGCCAAAGAUUACCGGGAUGAACUGGAUUGUUUACAGCACAAGUUGGCAAAACUUGAAAGACUAGAAACCGAAAACGGUAAGCUGAAGGAGAAACUUUCGGAAUUAGAAUUCUUCAAAUCAAGACUUGCGCAAUUAAAAGAGGAGAAUGAUUUGAUGCAUGAAUCAUGCUCGGUUCUGGAGGGACAACUAUCCGAUUGUCAACGUAAAGCCUCGUUUCAUAUGGAUACACAAACGAAACUUGCAAAUUGCCAAAAUCAAAUUAAAACUUUGCAGGCUGAUUUGGCUAAGGGACGUGAAAGGAUCGAACAAUUGUUGUUGGAAAAUGGUCAACAGGAAAGACAACUUGAAACUGAAAAACAAAAGUGUGCUGCACUUGAACGUCGAGUAGAAAGUAUGAGCGAAGCUCAAAGUGCUCGAGAAGAUUUCGGUUCAUUGGGAAGUCAGAUAGCUGAUGAUGAUAAGAAGCGGAUCUUGGAACUACAGCUAGAGAACCGAAAGCUAAGAACUAAGCUUGAAAAUUCUAGUGAAUCUGAAGAAGUUGGUGAACUACGUGCAAAGCUGUUAAGAUCAGAAAUUAAAUUGUCUGAAUUGAAUGAAGAAAAUAUUGUCUUAAAUGAACAGCUAAAAAACUGUGAAACACAUGUGUCACAGCUCAGUCUGCAAUACAAAGAUGCAAGUGACCUUUGUGAACGACUAAAAGAUGAACGUGAUGCUGCACAACAAAAAUUAGAGGAUGGACUUAAAGAAAGUCAGCAAACAGCUACCAAUUUGACAGCUGAAAAAGACGCAAUUGAACAACAGCUGGAAAAAAUGCGAGUUGAUCAACGAGCGGCUAGAGCCGAAAUAGAUUCGUUGAAAAGUUCUAAUGAAAUGCUUGAGAUUAAUUUGGCCAACAGUGAAAAACAAAGGAAAACCUUGGAGAUUGAACGAACCGCAAUUAAGGAGAGGAACGAGUUUGUUGAAAGUAAGUUGGACGAAAUGAAAGUCAGGGUGAUGAACAGUGAAAACACUGAAAAACGUUUGGAAGCAAAUGAGAAGAUUCUUGUGGAAAAACAGAAUAGACUAAAUGAUUUGGAAUGUGAAAAUAGACAACACUGUCAGCAGUUAGAAUUACAAAAAAAAAAGACUGAUUGUUUACGAGACGAUCUUAUUGCCGAGAAGUCCCGUUGUAGUGAUUUGAUAUCAAAACUGCGGUCAGUUUAUGCCGCAGUACAAAUUAACUGCGGUAAAGGUGAAGUUUUGUCGGAGGACGAGGAAAUUAUUGCAUCAAUUGAUGAAAUUAUUGUUAAAGCACUUACAAAUGCUCGUCGAGAAGCCGAUGUUCUUCGCCUACAGCAACAAACUCAGACUACAGAAUUAAAUGAUCUCAAACAAGAAAUACAGAGGUUAAGGAAAAGUGAAAGCGAGGUACUGAAUAUUACGGACGAUAAAGUUAAAGAACUCUCUGUGGAAAAUAAGAACGUUAAAGAGCAGGUGUUCCUCUUGCAAGAACGAAUUCGAGAGUUACAGUUGGAGAAGUCGUCGAAGUGUGCUGAGACAACUGCACUGAAACGUGAACUUGAAGAAUUACAACGAAAUGCUACGAAUAGCGGCAAACUUCAUAACGAACUUGCCAAAUUACAAGUGUCUUUGCGAAAUCUUCAGCUACAGGAAGAACUGUUAAGGCAAGAUAAUGUCGAAAUGCAAAAACAGGUUGACUUGUGCGAGAAACAGCGUCAAGCAGUCAAAGCAGAGCUUGACGCUGUACAAAAUGUUCAUUCUGCACUGUUAGCCGAUCACGACAGACUUCAAAGGUUGCACGAUAUGUUAACUGCCGAUUAUGAUCAAGCCAAAUAUGAGAACUCUCAAUUGAAAUCCAAGCUGAAAUUACAAAAGGGUACGAGUGAAGAAGUUUCAAUAAUAAAAAUGGAAACUGAAAGAGAGCGUAGGCACGUUGAAGAAAUGAAAAUUUUGAUUACUGAAGAACGUCAACGAAGGGAACGAGAGACAAGAUGUUUGCAAGGAGAUUUGACAGUUUUACGAGAAGAUUAUGAGCAGUUACGGAAGGAGAAUACUGUGUUGUUGCGUGAUAGUGACUUGAAAGCAGAAGAAAUCAGAAGACUUCGUCAAGCGGAUCAAACUCAACGUGCAGCAAUGGCAAAGCUGAGUGCAAAUUUUGAUGAAGCAACCAGAGCCUUACAGUCUCGUGAUCUUGAAAUUGCUAAACUACAACAUAAAAUUGAUAUGCUGAAUCAUUUGAAUAGAACUCUGGAAGAGGAGAGUAAAGCGUUGGUACGACAAAUGGAUAAUCUUCUAGCGCAAAAUCAAGAUUUGUUGGCACGAGCGCUGAACGAUAAGGAUAAUUAUUUUGCAGAACAGAAACAAUUUCAGGAAAAGCUGUCGUCAUUAAGACGUCAUAAAGAGAAGUUGGAAGAGAAAAUCAUGGAGCAAUAUCGAAUGAUGGACAAUAAAAAAGUGGUGAAAGAGAAGCCGACACUUGUUAAAAGAGCAGCUAAGGCUUUAAUAUCAAAAGGUUAUGGCACGAAUGCGAAGUUCGUCCAUGCAGCUCAUCUGAAGAAACACCAAACGAAUGCGACCCUCCAUAGCAACGAGAACUGUUCCAUGAAACGGUAUUCGGAUAAAAAUGCAUUUCACCGCAUUCCUGAAUAUGCUUCCAUACGACGUAAACCUCAACUUGCGGAGUUGGAGGCCGAAUUAAUAAGCUUACAUGGUUCUGAACGUGGCAUUGACGUAUGGUCACCGACAGCACAGAAUCACUCCUUACCUCCUCGUCCACCAGCUCGACACUCGUCGGGAAAAGCUGGACGUCCACCACCUCCUCCGUAUAACCCAGCAACAAGGUUUUCAAAAACUUUACCGACAUCACCAAAACCGCCGCCUCCGUAUCCUGGUCGUUGCACGACGCCACCACGACGGUGCGACUUUAAACCGCAAGAUUCAUCGACACCGAAAAGUGAAGUUGAUACUGUUGUCGGAGAAGGAGAAUCAAGGCUUAUAGUGCGGAACAAAGAAGAACGUGCUCAGAAAGCGUUAAGCAUCUAUGAAAAUGUUGAUUGCGAUCAGAAGAAUGGAAGUACGUUAUGGUAUGAAUAUGGAUGUGUUUGA